AUGCUGUACGCUCUGCCUCCCCCUCCGAUCCUCGGCUCUGCCUUCCACAACUUGGUGUCUCUGGUUACUGAACUUGACAUUAAGUUGGGCAAGUGCCAGAGCUUGAACGGGUACUUGAAAUACUACCGCGUUUCUUCUCACGAAGUUGUUGGCUACGUCAAUGGCACCAUCCAUGUGCUCUCGACGAAAUCGCCACACAAGCUCGCCGGAGUGGUGUUACACACGGUGCAUCUUCUCGCCGAUGCUGACGCCAUGACGCUGAUUGAGCCGGCUAAGCGUCAAUCGCUUAUCUUCUGGUUAUUACGACGCGAAGAUGUUCGUGUCUACGCGGGGGAAGUGGUGGCCUCGUUCUGGUACAAGUUUCCCGAAGAUGUGGAAGAAAUGGUAAAGCAAGCGGUGCCCCAUCGGUUUUUCUACGUUGCUGACCGAGCCGUGCUUAAGAUUUUGCAACACCACCAGGACGGGUCCACUGACGUGGCCGCCUUGGCUCGCUUGGUGGCGGCGGCGGCUGGCAAUGGUCCCCUGGCUGGAGUGGAGUGGUUGAACCACCGCACCAAAUUCUUUGACGAAAACCUCAAGGAGGCGUUGGUUGUGGAGUUGAAUGAAAAAUUGGCCGCCUCCUCUCUUGUUGAGAAAGUGGAAUCACCCCAAACUUCCCCGAUCCACCACUCGUACCCCGCGGUGACUUCUUUGGACCCCAUUAAGGAACUGUCGAGCGAAGUCGAAGGUUCAUUAGGUGACGCCAACAACGUCAACGCUGACUCUAAUGGCGUGAAAGAAGAGGAAGACACUCAAUCGGUUGAAAACCAAUCCACUUCGUCGGCUUUUGCUGGCAAUACCACUAACAACUUCAACAACUGCCGCUUCUACAUCACCAACGCUUUCUUCAACGCGAGUGACGCCAAGCAAAUGGAACUGUUGGAAGCCGACUAUGACCCUGAUGAAUAA